AUUUGUAAGUGGUUUGCGCAGCUGCCAAUCAAAGCAGACAUCCUCUCCUCAGGCCGUGGAAUAGGGGAACAUCUCAGUUGCUGUGUAGAGAGAGAGAUUUGACCGAGGAACACUCCUGUAGUACAUGGACCUGCAUCAGUGCCGCUGCAAUUCGCCGACAGACCGCUGCUGCCACUACCACCACCACCACCUCCGCCGCCGCUCCUUGCGCACCCGCACCGACACCGGGACUCCUCCGCUGCGGUGCAAACGAGACGACGAGCGCCCCGCUGUACCCCUUGCCUCUCUCCGCGCGUUUGCAUGUCAGCACCAGCCGAGAGAGGAGGCACCAGUGUCGCUCGUGGUCCCUUAUGUCACUCUAAUUGAUCGGCGGCAUGGGGAAACGCACCGGGAUUAGGAACUGCUGCUGCCUCCCGAUAGUGUGCCUGCUACUGUUGACGUUAUGGACGGAGUUGUCCCACUCCACGGGCCACUUUGAACUACAACUGAUUUCUGUGGAGAACCUAAAUGGCGAACUAUCUGAUGGGGAGUGUUGUGAUGGGCCCAGGAACCACCAGGACCUACAGUGUACACGGGAUGAGUGCGACACCUAUUUCAAAGUCUGCCUAAAGGAGUACCAAACCGAAGUCACCACUACGGGGUCCUGCACGCUCGGAUCAGCCACGACUCAAGUACUCGGUGGAAAUAUGUUUUCUUUUCAAGGCACUAAGAAUAAUCCAAAUAAAAUUGAUGAAGCUGGGAAGAUUUUGAUCCCGUUUCAGUUCGCUUGGCUGAGGACCUUCUCGUUGAUUGUAGAAGCCUGGGACUGGGACAAUGGCACGCGCAACAACAAUGAUGAGGAGCUCCUGAUCGAGCGGGGCACCCACACUGGCAUGAUCAACCCGGGCGACAGCUGGCAGACCAUCACCAUCGACGGCACCACAGCGCGCAUUGUCUACCGCAUCCGGGUCCGCUGCGACGAGAACUACUACGGCUACAAGUGCAACGAGCUCUGUGUGCCCCGCGACGACUACUUCGGACACUACCGCUGUGAGCCAUCGGGGGCACAAGUCUGUCUGGACGGGUGGAUGGGCCAUGAUUGCAAGACAGCGAUCUGCAAACAGGGAUGCAACCUGUUACAUGGCAGCUGCUCUGUCCCAGGGGAAUGCAAGUGUAACUACGGCUGGCAGGGGCAGUUCUGUGAUGAGUGCGUGCUUUACCCCGGAUGUGUCCAUGGCACCUGUAGCCAGCCCUGGCAGUGCAAAUGUGAGAGGAACUGGGGAGGCCUGCUCUGUGACAAAGAUCUGAACUACUGCGGCCGCCACCAGCCCUGUGUGAAUGGAGGCACUUGCAUGAACACAGAGCCAGAUGAGUACUACUGCGCCUGUCCUCAGGGCUACUCUGGAAAGACCUGCCAGAUCGUGGAGCAUGCGUGCAUCUCAGAUCCCUGCGCUAACGGAGGCACAUGCCACGAGGUGCUCACAGGCUUUGAGUGUCACUGUCCUCCAGGCUGGAGCGGCCCCACCUGUGCCAACAAUCUAGACGAGUGUGCGUCAAGCCCGUGUGCACAGGGGGGGACGUGUAUCGAUCUGGAGGAUGGCUUUGAGUGUGUGUGCCCCCCACAGUGGGAAGGAAAAACCUGCCAGAUAGAUGUAAAUGAGUGCAAAAGCAAGCCCUGUGUCAAUGCUCUUUCUUGCAAAAAUUUGAUUGGUGGAUAUUACUGCGUCUGUUUUCGGGGCUGGUCUGGACAGAACUGUGAUAUGAAUUUAAAUGGAUGCCACGGACAGUGUCAGAAUGGAGCAACUUGCAAGGAGGGUGCACGGGGGUACCAGUGCCUGUGCCCCCCUGGCUUCGUUGGCGUUCACUGUGAGAUGCAGAGGAAUCAGUGCGACAGCCAGCCGUGCCACAACAACGGCAAAUGCCACACGGUGCUGGAGGGCUUCGUGUGCGAGUGCCCACCCGAGUUCUCCGGACAGCUGUGCGAGAUUCCAACUUGGUCGCCUGCAGACUCUUGCGAUUCAAACCCUUGUGAGAACGCAGCCACGUGCCACAGUAUGGGGCAGGAUUUCUACUGCGCUUGUCCCGAAGGCUACGAGGGCAAGACCUGUGCCACCCUAAAGGAGAACUGUCAGAGCACCCCAUGUCAAGUGAUUGACAGCUGCACCGUUGCCGUGGCGUCCAACGACUCCUCUGCAGUGCGUCACAUUUCCUCAAAUGUGUGUGGACCUAGGGGGCGCUGUGUGAGCCAUCCAACUGGUAACUUCACCUGCAUCUGCGACCAGGGUUUCAGUGGCAUCUACUGUCAUGAGAACAUCAAUGACUGCGUGAGUAACCCAUGCCAAAACAGUGGCACAUGCAUCGAUGGCAUCAACUCCUUCCAGUGCGUGUGUCCGGACGGCUGGGAGGGACGCCUCUGUGACCUCAACGUAAAUGAGUGCAGACACAGCCCCUGUAAAAACGGUGGGCGCUGCGUGGACCUGGUGAAUGAUUUCUACUGCGAGUGUGCCGAUAACUGGAAGGGCAAGACCUGUCAUUCGCGAGAGAGUCAGUGCGAUGCUACCACUUGCAGUAAUGGAGGCACGUGCUAUGACCAUGGGGACACCUUCCGCUGUGCGUGUCCUCCGGGAUGGGGUGGAAACACUUGCAACACAGCCAAGAACAACUCGUGCGCCUCCAGUCCUUGUUUGAACGGAGGGACCUGUGUGGGAGGAGGGGACGCCUUCACCUGUAUCUGCAAAGAAGGCUGGGAAGGCCCCUCAUGUGAACAAAAUAUCAACGACUGCAAUCCUCACCCAUGUUACAAUGGCGGUAUAUGUGUGGAUGGAGUCAACUGGUUCCGAUGUGAGUGCGCGCCCGGGUUCGCUGGACCAGACUGUCGAAUAAACAUCAACGAAUGCCAGUCCUCUCCGUGCGCCUAUGGUGCCACCUGCGUGGACGAAAUCAACGGCUACCGCUGCAUUUGUCCCCUCGGAAGAAGAGGCUCGCGAUGUCAAGAAUUCAUUGGCAUAGGGAAGACCUGCCACUAUGCCGGGCUGCAGUUCCCUCACGGCAGCCGCUGGGAGGAAGAAUGCAACAGCUGCCACUGCUUCAACGGAAAAGUGGCCUGUACAAAGGUGGUGUGUGGUCGUCGGCCGUGCCAGCUCCACCCCUCAGAGCAGGAGCAGAGACAGCUGUGUCCUGCUGGCAGAGAGUGUGUGGAACACAGAUACCUGGGCUGCCUAUCUCCCCCCUGUCACCAGUGGGGGGUGUGUUCCGUGGCAGGACCCUCGCCCUCACAGCCGCCCACCAAGUGCCAGCCCAACUCCGGGCACCUGGAUAACAGCUGUGGGCGGAUCACUCUAGUGUUCAGCCAGGACAAAGUGCCCAGGGGAACCACAGUAGAGAAUAUCUGCUUUGAGCUGAGGUACCUGCCCGACAUCCGUAGCCUGGCCACGGACCACUCCCUUCUCCUUCUCUGUGACAUUUCACAUUCAAACCAGGAUGCCGUAGAAGUGGCCAUUUCUUUCCACCCGGAGGACCUCCCAGACCACAGCCUGGUGCAGCAGGUGGCCAGCACCAUAGUGAGUGCCCUGUCCAAACGCCACAACAGCACCAUACUGCUGGCUGUCACCGAGGUCAAAGUGGAGACGCGGGUCAUGCCCCCCUCUGUGGAUUACCUGGUGCCCGUCCUGUGUGCCGUCUUCUGCCUGCUCUGCCUGUUCUGUAUCAUCGUGUGUGUGUGGUGGACCCGUAAGAGGAGAAAAGAGCGUGAGAGGAACGCCCGGCCCCCUACUGACGAUAACGUGAACAACCAGUGGGAGCCCCUGCGUGUGGUGGUGGGACAGGCCCAGCAGCUCAAAGAGAGCAACAGAGAAGCGGAGCAGGAGCGGAGAAAGCUCAUGGGUCCGGCGUCAUGUCGGACGUGUGAGGAGGGGGAGGAGGGGGAUGAGGAGACUGAGACAGAGGGAGAGCUGGAGGAGGAGAGCUGUGGAGCUGAGGCAGGCUCCAAGUACUCUAAGACUGCAGUGCAGUCCAGUGGGGCGCUCAUCUGCACCCUGCACAGCUCCAGUCCACCCCUCAAAUCACCCCACCGGACCCCCGGCUACAGCCCCAAAGACAACCGCUGGAAAAAUGUCAGCGCCGUGUUCAACGGGAAAAAGGACCUGACAGAUCAUUGUGUAUAAGCAAUUGAAGCAAAGACUCGCAGGCCAGCGAGAAGCUGCCAGGCAGCUACUAUCUUAUUUUGGACUAUUUGGAGGAGAAAAGGCUUUGUGUUAACAAGCCCUUCUUUGUUUGGUUUCAUGUUUUUGUCACUGUCACCUGAUCAGGAGGCUCGAGCACAGUGAACAUGCUUUUUUAUUUCUCUUCUUUUAUUUUUCUUUCAAAUGUACAGAAGGAGCUUAGUUUUGUUUUCAGGAGGCAAGAUCUCUGCAAUUUAUGUUUGGAGUUGUACCAUUUGGAGAAGAGGUGAACAUGCUAUCUGUAUAAAGACAUUUGUGUUUAAGAUGAUUUAGUUGAGUUGUCACAGGCUCCUGUUGAGUGUAUGGGGCAGAUACUAAGGGACAGCGAGGGAGGGGCAUGUUGUGACCCCUCCCUCCCUUCGUCUCUGAUCUACCACCUGUGGCCGUCCCAUGCCAGCCUUACCAAAACCAUGGCCUGGAGGGAGAGGGGACCAACCCCAGUGCCUACUACGUGGCCUUCCAUAGUUUGUCCAGUCUCUGUUGUGGUUGGUGAAAAUGAAAGUGAAAGCUCAGUUCGAGGAGUUUGCAGUAUUGAGUUGGUAGCAAGUGCCUUUCCACUGAGCCCCCGAGGCUCUGAGUCGCGCUGCCCUGUUUGACCUCCGCGUUCUCACAUCUCAAAGGGAUGUACAUUUAGAAAGUUCAAUUUCACAGCAACGCCAUUCAAGGUAUUUGAUCAACACACAACUUUGUACAUAUAUGUAAAUACUAAAGGAGUCGCUGUGUAUAUUUGAAAUAAGUAACUUAAAGACAAGUCACACAUUUUUAUUAUUAUUAUUAUUAUUGAUAUAUGAUUAAUAUUAUUUUUAUUUUUUUUUACAAUGCCAUUCCUUUUAUUUAUGCCAGUUGAAAUAGGCAGGUUUUAUAACACGUCAUAUCCAGAGUCCCAAAGUUAAACCUUACUGUAAGGUACCAGCUGAGGGCUUCUUGAGGGCUUUACAAAUGCUCUGUCAUUGGGGAUAAAAAAAACAUACUAACCAAUACAACAAUGCAUUAUGUUGAAUAUUAUAUUAGUUUUAGAUGUAAAAAAUAUGGGUUUAAGUGCUCAAAGUAGCCACGUUAUUUUCUUAAAUUAUUUUGAGUUGUUUCAGUUGAGCUGAUUUUUAU